AUGACAAGCCUUAGAGCAGGCACAAUCCCGGAAUUCUUGGACGCCGUCCACGCAAUUGCAUAUUGGGCUAUCGAUGGACUCUACUGGCUGGACGCGAAGCCGUCGACUUUCUUGACCUCCUUCGCCAGGGUUACAUCGCUAGCCUUCGCUUUCAAUACGCAAGACGUAUCUUCACAUAUAUGGCGCGCCCCUUGCGUUUCCACACAAAAGCCGAACGACUUGGUGAGGCGGAGCGGCUACGAGGAGGCAUAUGUCGUCCACGAUUUCAUCGCCUUCAUGCAGAAUCAUAACAAAACGGCUCUAAUGAGAGGCAUUCUCUUCCUCCAUCACGUCCUCGACAAGCGCAUUCCUAUAGACGUUGGAGCUCUCUGUGACUUGCUUGACUUACUGUGUGGGUUAAUCGUGACGUCCUAUCGCUUCAGAGGCAGGGCUACCCUUCACGAUGUGACGCUUCCCAAGAGUUGGUUGGUUGAGCUCACAAAGAACUUCGACAAACUCGAAAAUAGAGAAACGAAGCUUUUGAAUUUGUACAUGGCGCCCAUGCAGAGCAUGCUCGAACAGAUGUACACGGGUGAACACGCUUACCAUCUCCUCUUCGAACGUCGCGAUCUGUCAAGUCUCAACUGGCAAAUCAGGAACGUCUUCACUGUGCGAAUUUGCAAGAACUUAUGUCUUUUUGGAUACAACAUCAGACAGGACUGGCUGAGAGAUCAGGUACUCGCUACGGUGACAUCGCUGGAACAACAUAUGCGCAGGCCGGAUCAUCACCUUGAAAAUUAUGUCUCCGCUCGCACCUGGGAAUAUUUGGCUCGUCGGGUCAGGUCAUACUCGACGCUGGACACUUCCCUGGACGAGAUGAUCCAUGUUCAUGAUGCUAGCAGGACACCAGGUGAUCUCCCAACUUUCCCGAAUGUCCGACACAUCGUCUACAACACUAUUGACGAGAUCCCUAUCUUGCUCGACUCCCGACUCACAUCGCUUCCAAAGACUACACUCAGAGCCGACGCGACCCCGUUCGUACCUACCCACAUACGCGAGGCAGCGUUGAGGCGGGAUGCCGGUGCGCAAGACGCCCUGGAUGGAUCAACCUACGGUGGCAUGCGUGUAGGUGCUGGAGAAGAUGUUGAUGAGGACAACGCCAGAGAGGAUCAAUCCAGAAACUUCGAUGACGCGGCUCUAGUACUGUCCGCGGAGGACGCAAUCGCUGAUGCAUCGACACAGCCAACCGAGGAGGAGCUCGAUGCGGCGCGCAUACUCCUGCGUGCAUACCGGCGUCUGAGCAUACAGCGCAAGCGCGUGCGAGGGCGACGAAUGAAUCCGGUCCACGCCGUCAGAAGCCGUGUGUUCGCUGACUUUGGGGAGGCCUCAAAGGCUAUGGAUUGGCCACACAGGUACUACCGCAUGCUCUUCUUAGGAACCAUACCGCAUGCCAUAGUCUGCCUGCAACUUCUCAGAGAUCACCUUUUCAACGCCAAAUUCAGCGCGAGGAAGAUAUUGACCCAAGCGAUCCAUCAUGACCUCGAGAUGGUUCAGGCCCGUAUGACUGAGAUCGUUGCGCUGAUCAAGGACGUUCAACGUCUUCAAGAUGCGCUCAAGCAUGACGCGGACCUGCACAAACGACGCGACAUCGAAGAGCUGAAGAAAAGCGUAGUGGAGGUGAAAGAGUUGGCGCAGCGCAUGUCGACGUCGGAUUGGCAAGAAGAUCUUGAGUUGGCAUUCAAAGGAAUCGUCGAACCCAGACGCCAGCCGGUACAGAAGAUAAAGCCUGAAGUGAGUCUCGACGAUGGAAUCGAAGCGGAUACUAGUGGGUAUGACGAUGAAGGUCCAUAG